AUUUAACCUUCGGUGUUUUGCUCAAGAAAUUGAUAAGCGAUGAUUGGAAACCUGUUAAAUCCUAUAUAAUUAGUAAUGGAUUAAUAAACGUAAAAUUUUCACGCGGGAUUGUAAGUAUCGAAUGUGAUACAUUCUUUUGGACAAGAUGGACCUACACCAGCCAGUUAUUAUGGGGAAUAGGACCGUCGAUCAGUUGAGCUCUGAAGAAAAGUACAGAUUAGAACAUCAGAAGAUGCACGAAGAGCACCGGGGGCACGAGAAAAUGCACGCCGAAAUGGUACUGAUAUCGGUCGUAACUCUGGUAGUAGUGCAACUGUGUUUAAUAGAAUGGAAGAAACGCCAUUAUAGGAGUUACUCGUUGGUAACGCUUCUCGGAAUGUGGCUAGUGCCACUCGGCCUCUCCCUACGCAGCCGCUACUGGAGAUUCAUAUUCAUAUGGUUGCUGUUCUCCUGCAUUACUAGUCUUAUCGUUAGAAAGGCCAUACAAAAACCGAUCAAUCAAACCACCCCUAGGUUAGUAUACAAAUGGUUCCUGUUGCUGCACAAGCUCAGCUACGUCCUCGGACUGAUCGGUUAUUUCGUCAUGAUGGCCACGUUCUUCGGUUUGAAUUUCGUGUUCAACGCCAAGGCGCACGUGUGGAUGGACUGCGGCUUGUUGUUCGUGUUCUACGGGUUGUACUACGGCGUGUUGGGCAGAGACGUGGCGGAGAUUUGCGCCGAUAAAAUGGCCGCUCACAUCGGAUAUUAUUCUCCGCAAGGACUCAGUACGAGGAAUUUGGAUCCUUCGGUAUGCGCAGUGUGCGGUAAUAAAUUGCUGGUGAGCGAAAACGAGGAGGGCGUGAUAGAAAAUACGUAUAAAUUGAGCUGCCAUCACGUUUUUCACGAGUUUUGCAUUAGAGGUUGGUGCAUAGUGGGCAAGAAACAAACGUGUCCCUACUGCAAGGAGAAGGUGGAUUUGAAGAAGAUGUUUUCGAAUCCUUGGGAGAAGCCCCACAUGUUGUACGGACAGUUGCUGGAUUGGAUAAGGUGGCUGGUGGCGUGGCAACCUAUGAUCUUUUUCCUCACGCAGGGCAUCAACUGGGCCUUGGGGUUGGAGUGAGAGAGUAUUACCAAAGAUGCGAUGUCGUUUUCUUUUUUUUUUAAAUUAUUAUU